AUGGACAGAUACUUAGUUAGAGUGUCAUCCAGGACAGAACCUCUCUUGGGGCACAUUCAGGAUAUUAGUCAUCAGGUGUGGUUCCUUCAAGACCAGACCCUCGUAGCAGUCCCAAGGAAGCAUGGUGUGAUUCCAGUCACUAUUGCUUUAAUCUCAUGCAAAUAUCCGGAGACUCUUGAGAAAGACAAAGGAAAUCCCAUUUACCUGGGUCUGAAGGAGCCAGAGCUGUGCCUGUCCUGCAGCAAGGUCAAUGAUCAGCCCACGCUACAGCUUAUGGAACAGAAUAUAUUGGAUUUAUACAACCAAACUGAGCCUGUGAAGUCCUUCCUCUUCUACCACAACCAGAACGGCAGAACCUCCACCUUUGAGUCCGUGGCCUUCCCGGGUUGGUUCAUUGCUGUCUCCUCUGAAGACGGCUGCCCUCUCAUUAUUACCCAAGACUUGGGGAAAACCUCCACCACUGAUUUUGUUUUAUCUCUACAGUAG